UCUAUUAUUAUCAUCAACAUUCAUAAUUGAAUGGUUCACCAUCGAACAACAUAUUUCAAUCAUAACGAUGGCAAAACGAAUUAAAUUCUGUAAAUUAGAUCAUCUGAUUGAAUGUUUUAUCGAACCAGGACUGUAUCUAAGUGCACAAACAAAUGGUACAGGAAUACCAAGAAAUUCAAUGGAUUUUGAACAAUUCUGUUUUAAUCAACAUGAUUAUGGACCAUAUUGUGUACGAAAAUGGUUUCAUCAUUGUGGUACACGUUUACAUUCGAUUCUUUUCGAACGUUUUUAUCUGAAACCAUUUCAAAAUAAUUUACUACAAUUCUGUCAAUCGAAUGGGACGUUACGCAAUGAUUUUCUCGAAAUUGCACCAUGUUUGAUUGAUAAAGUUAAAUUAUCAGAUGAUUAUCGUCAACGUUGUAUUUAUCGAUUACAAACAUCAUAUGAAUGGAUUUCGGAUCAAUCAAAACAAUUGGCAAACAUUACUAAAUUCUAUCGAAAUACAUGCUGUGCAUAUUAUGAUUGGGAACAUUGUAUAAUGGAUAUGUUAAUGGUCGAAUGUGGUCAACAUUCACAACGAAUGUUCAGUGCAAUAAUUGAAUAUAAUUCAUUAUCCAUAUUGAAUAUUCUAUGUCCAAGAGAGGAAUAUGGAUUCGGUAAACAACAUUGUAAUUCAUCUGAAUUCCUUGCACCAAAUGAUUAUCAUCCGAAAGGUAUCCAUUCGAAUAGUAUCGUAAGCUAUUUAUUCAGUUAUUAUUGUCCAAAUGUUGGCUAUGGAAUUGAGGAUUGAAAAAUUCAUUUCAAAAUAAUUUUUAUUUUCAAUUUUCUAAUAAUAUUAAUUAAUAAC